AGCAGCUCCGUCCACACAACAAAUUGUGUUUUGGUUGUCCUUAGCCUUCAAUUCGUCAAAAACUGGCAACAAAUACUCCGUCUCCGCCAGAAAGUUCAAUCGUAGUAAAAUAGUGUACAUAGUAUUCUCGGAGUGUGCUGAGUACUCGCAGCAAUAUCCCGAAAAUAUGACAACUUUCCCUUAGCGGCCUUUGCGUCCGGAACAAUGCACCUGUAAUUCAGUGCUAUCCGUAAUUUCUAAGUAAACAGAAUAAUAUCGUGGAGGAUUGUUGAUUGUGUAUCGGAGCUAUACGCGGUGAACCGAAGUUUACAGUGAAAUUUAAAUUACGUCCUUCGUGGACGCAGCUGGGCGAGGAAAGACGGUGCACCUUGUGGUGAUGGCAGACUAUCGACUUUAAGGACUUUGCCGUUGAAAUAAGAAGAUUGCCAGUUCCUUUAAUAUUUAUGUUGACUCCGCUGGGGCCAAUUAGUACGAAUGGGAUGAAAAGUGCUUCUGACAUUUAUUCUCGGUGUCCCUUGGGAGUUCUGUGCUGAAAUAUUUUUAGCGUAUCUUGUUUCAAUAGAGUGGAUUUCUAAUAUUCUUUAAUUUGUGUGUAUAUAUCCAUGUCCUGCGUAUUAAAUCUAGUCAGCAUUGUCGGCGACGUUUGUGGUGUUUUCUAAUUAAUUGGCUUAGCACUGCGUAGGGAUUUUCAGAGUUGCAUAAACGACAUUAAUAAUUUGCAUGGUCGCAUCAGUGCCUGUUGAAAGUAGUGUUAACGGCACAGGAUAUCAAAACUAGGCAAAUUGGAUCACAGAAGGGAACACUUCAGUUUAUGUCCAUCAGCCACGGAACGCAAUCGAGAGGAGACCUUCAUAAGCAGCCGAGAACCAAGCUCAACGAUACAGGAUGGGUCUUGAUUUUAUGGACAGCACGGUCUCUGACUAUGAAAACGCAAUAGUACAAACCGGAUUCGGUAAAUUUCAUUUCCUACUGCUAACAGUAUGUGGAUUGAUCUACCUAAACACGGCGAUUGGUAUCACGAUACUAUCGUUCGUGCUGCCAUCGGCAACCUGUGAUUUUGAUAUGACCUCACGUGAUAAGGGGUGGCUCACCGCUUCACCGAUGCUGGGAAUGCUCAUCGGUUCCUACUUCUGGGGAUGUUUAGCAGAUACAAAAGGACGACGUGUCGUUCUUAUUGCGACACUACUGUUAGAUGGAAUCUGUGGAUUGCUCUCAUCACUAUCGCAGUAUUAUCUACUGUUUAUGAUCUUCAGAUUUUUUAAUGGAUUUGGAGUGGCUGGUGCAAUGGGUAUUUGCUUUCCUUAUUUGGGCGAGUUCCAACCAACGAAAUACCGGGAGAACAUUCUCUGCUGGAUGGAAAUAUUUUGGACGUUCGGAAUAAUCGUUCUGCCAGGUAUCGCGUGGCUUGUGAUUCCAUUAAAUAUAAACUGGAAUUCCAACGGAUUCAUUUUCCACAGUUGGAACCUUUUUGUGGCAAUAUGUGCCCUACCAAGCAUAUUUCUUGCACUCUGGUUGUUCAUGUUUCCAGAGAGCCCGAAAUUUCUCAUUGAAACGGGCGAAAUAGACGAAGCACUAGAGAUCCUUAAGGAUAUGUAUGCAAAAAACACAGGAAACGAUAGGUCAUCGUAUCCGGUUUCAUCGCUCAAAGAAAAAGAAAGAGUUAGCAUUAUUUCACUCAAGUCUAAUAAGCCUGUUAGAGCUCUAAGUAUAAGAAGGCCUAAGGAAUUGAAAAUUCUCUUGGCAGAGAUCUGGGAGCAAACAAAGGCAUUGUGUAGACCUCCCCAUUUAUACAACACAGUUCUAACGUGUGCUAUCCAGUUUGGUCUAACUUCAAGCUACUAUACGCUUAUGAUAUGGUUCCCGGAGUUAUUCGACAGGUUCGAAUUGUUUGAGAAUGAACAUCCUGAACUCUCUGCGUCCGUAUGCGAAGUCUCCUCAAUAGUCGUCGUUAAUGGGAGCGUGGAGACUGAUUUCUGUAACCAUACCAUUGAAGACAGUGUGUACUGGCAUACCAUAAUAAUUGGGUUAGCCUGUAUUCCAACCAGUUUUUGGCUGCCACUUUGUGUCCAUAGGUUAGGGGCCAAAUUUUUCCUAGUAUUCAGCUUAGUUGUAGCCGGAGGGGUUACGAUUGGACUGUACUUUGUAGUGAACUCAAUUCAAAAUUUAGUUUUAUCGUGUAUAUUUGAAGCACUUACAUCACUCGGAAUAAGUACAGUCUAUUGUGUGAUGGUCGAUCUAUUUCCAACAAAUUUAAGAGUAAUGGCGGCAGCCUUAUCAUUAACAUUCGGCCGAGGAGGUGCCUUAUUAGGGAACCUGAUUUUCGGAUUUUUAAUAGAUUUAAAUUGUGUCGUGCCAGUAGUUUUAUUUUCAGCAAUGCUUUUCAUAAGUGGCGGGUUAUGCUUACUAUUGCCUAGUACAGGGUCACAGGCUCUAGAUUGAAACCAACACCACCAAUGCUACCACCGUCUGACCAACAUAUCAGAUCAAGCCUGUCACGAUUGCUUAGAAGAGAAUAAAAGUAGAAAGAUACCAGAGUAGAUCUUAGGAAUUUAUCUAGAAAGUGACAUGUGUUUUGUACAUACAGAAACUGUGACAUAGCGAAUUUUCAAGUGCAUUACCUACAUAUGAUAUUAAUAUUUAUAGUAAUGAUUAUAUACAUGUUGUUAUUUAUAUAAGUAGGAAAAUAAAUUCAUAUUUAAUUUUAUAUAUAAAAACAAAAGUAAUUAUCUUUUAUGGGAAUUAUUUUGUUAUAUAAGAUUUAUAAAAGCACAAAAAGACUUACAUGUUACUUAGUAACAAAAUAAAAAAAUUGGAAUACAAGGAAUAUAAAAAAAAUCAAAGUAAAAUGAGAAUAUGACAAAUCUGAAACAAUAACUUUACGAUUACGAUUAGAAUUUAGCAUGCAACGAUCAUCAGAGCAAAAAUAUUCCGAGUGGAUUAAAACAAACAAAACAAUGGCGUAAUGAUCAUAAAUAAAAUAUUUGAAAUAUACGAAAGUAAAAGAAUAUAUCACAAAAUAACCAUAAAUGAUCAGUGAUUUUAAAAUACAGAUAUUGUUAGGAUAUUUUCUGUAGUAAAAAAAAUAUAUUUUAUUACCGAUACACAGUGAUGAUGAAAUUUCACGUAAGAUAAUUUUUACUUUUUAUUUCAAAAAAGCUUUUAAGUAUAUUUCCUAGCGUAUAUUUUUGUUUUAACUAUUUUUACGGACAUACUUGCUUUUUCUUUGUCUGCUUCAUUGCUUGUUACUUUUUAAUAUGAUUUCAACACGAAACAUGUAGAAUGAAAAUUGAUUAGUACAAUAUUACAAAAAAAUGCUACAAGUCAAUUAGAGAAUUGUACAGGAAAAUAAGUUAUUUUGAUGAUAUUUUAUUUUUCUAUUUAUAAAUAUGUAUAUUCAACGUAAAAUAAUUUAAUGUGUAAUAAUAAUAAUACAAUUUUAAAAGAU